CGAAGCAGAUCCCGGAAGCGGAAGCGCAGCGCACUUCCGGUGCGCAGCAGGCGGCCAUGUUGGAGCAGCGGAGGCGGCGCAGAGGCGCGUCCUGGGUCCCCGCGGCGGCGCCGGUGCUGAGCACUGGUUUGCGGAUACCCAGGGAAGUCUGCAGUGCCUAAUGCCAUGAGCGUGGUGGUGCAGCAUGUGGAGGAGAAAGCUGUGCACUCCUGGUCACGGAUCUCCACGGCAGGGAAGAAGGCCUUGGAGGAGGCACUGCAUGUCUUUAACCCCAUGAGCCAGGAUCUCAGUGCCACUGAGGCCCAGCUUGUGGCCUUCCUACAGGGCCUGCGGGAAGAUGGCUUUCAACCGACCAUUCUGCGCAGUGGUGAUGUCUAUGGCUACAGUUCAUGCACAGCUAAUCCCCCAAGCCAGACGAAGCUGCAAGCUCGUGCCCCAACCCCAGCUACCACUUCACCUCCAGUUAGUGCUCCUCGAACUAAAAUGCGUCUGCCUGCAGGACAGGCCACGCUGCUUCCCAUGCCUCUGUCUGGCAGGCUGGCCAAAGCAUCCACUCCAGCCCUCACAAAGCAUGCCACCACCAACCUGUUACUGAGCUCCCUGAAGCAGUCAAGUGCCAGUCGUGCCCAGGGUGCUGCAGUGGGCUUCCCAGCCCGCCUCUAUCCAGGUGUCUACCCUGCCAUGCGACUCUCUGUUGUCCUUGAGGCCCUGGUUCCACUCAAGACCCCCAUGCCCUGCUUGGGUGCCAAGCACAAGACACAGUCAUUGCAACUCUCAUUUUCAGAUUCUCCUCUGAAGCUGCAAAAAGGUGCAGGGAAAAGGUCAGGGAACCCCCAAUCCAAAGCUCCUAGAAAAGCCACAGGCAGGGGUCCCAAGUGUCUGACAGGCAGAGGUCCCAGGGCUGGAUGCCGACAAGGCCCUGGACCUCAAAACAAAACCCACAAAGCCACUAGGUUCCUUGGUGGCCAGCACAUGAAAAGUGGUUCUGCCCUGAGCACCAAAAUAGCCUGGUCCAAGGAAGCUCUGUCACUGGCCAGAGCAGCCCAUGCCCAGGCCAAGGUAGCUCAAAUACAGGCUAAAGCUGUCAAGGCCAAGAGAGACAGGAUCAGGGCCAACGUCAAGGCAGCCAGGAUCGGGGCCAGGGCCAAUGCAGUGCAGGCUAAGGCUAAAGCAAUACGGGCCAGGGCCGAAGCCAAGGCAGCACAGGCCAAGGCCAAGAUGUCUCAGACCCCACCCAGGGCUAGGGGCAGUGGCAGGCCACAGGGGUCUGUUCAGGCCAGGACUGCCAAGAGGGGUCAGAAAGUCCACCCCGAGACUGUGGGACAAAAAAGGAAAAGAGAUGAGGAAGCAAAGGAUCUUCCACCCGGGAAGAGAAUACGGCGAGGGCCUCAGUCCCCUAAGGCCAGGCGAGGGCAUGGAACAGCAAAACUGCUGAAGUUCUGGGCUAUCAAGGUGGACAGGCAGUCCUCGGAUGAUGAGGUGCGGCAGCAAGCUCAGCGGAUCCUUUGCGUGAACCUGUCCCCUGUAAUACAGCUCCAGCCGUUGCUGCCAGACUCAACAUCUACCCUGACUCCUUCACAGAGUAAUGUUUGGGGAAACUGAGCUCAGCUGUUCGGCGAGUGGCUCUAUAUGCACUGCCCAUGGAUUCCACAACCCCAAGGACUCCGGGUGCCUCUUCAGGACUCUGGCGGCCAUCAGCCUUCUUUCCGAGACUGGAGAA